AUGUUUUUCAAGUUACUUGCUGCUAGUCGAAUCGUUAUACUUGAACGCAUCCGUACAUGUAUUUCUAACUUUUUAUAUGCUGUUGCCCAAUGUUGCUCAAUCACGGUGAAUGUGAACGAUCGUACCAUCAGACCGUUUAAAACCUUACGUGACGCUAUCGAAAUUAUCGAGCAUGAUGAACAAUUCACCGAACUUCAUCAUCUUUUACUUUCAUCACGUGUGACGUAUUAUGCUUGUAACAAAUGCCGUUUCUCAUCUAACCUGUUAUUAUCGACAUCUGAAGACAUCUGCAUUUACGAACAAGAUUCUGACAGCAGUGAAAUUUAUGGUACACCACUAUUAACUUCAUCUGAUGAAAUUCUUCAGUGUUCGAAUUGCAACGAGAAAUCAAAAAACUUGAUUCUGCCUGUUUUCAAACAAAUACAUCUAAAAUGCCCACCGAUUUUAAUGUGUCGUCUAUCAAAUGCAACACUGAAUACUCUAACAAACUUUCAUGUGAAGUUACCUGAUUAUUUACAAAACCGAUAUAUGUAUACGUCAAUAUCUGCGAUAUUGAUUGAUGGAUACAAUGCUUUGUCGGUUGUCAAAUUGAAAGAUAAUUCGACUUUCACAUCCACUCCAUAUGCAAAACCUGCUUCGAUUUCAAAAUCCGAAACCAAUGAUAUAUUUCAUACGGCACGUAUAGUAAUCGUCUUUUUAAAGCAGGAAUUGUGUGUCAACAACGAUGAUAGAAGUUCUCCACCACGACCAGUUUCACCGUUACAUCAGCCAACAACAGUAAGACCUGACAAAUUUGUACUCAAUCAGCCGGUGACAAUUCAAUUAAUAGACAAAAACACACAGAUGAGAUUUUAUUGUCAUGUUCAAAAUAAACAAUUAGGCCGUUCACGUACAACUACUCAGGAACAGGACCAACGAAUCGUUUCGCUCGCUGACCAGCAGACAUUGGCCACGGCGCAAGACAUUGCAAACCAGUUGAAGCGGGAACGAGUCAAUGUGAGCGAGAGAACCGUGCGACGGCGCCUCAAUGAAGCUGUUGCGAAAUACAAUAAGCCAAUUUCAAAACCAUUACUUACUGAACAGCACCAAGAAAGACGUUUAGAAUGGGCUCUUACUCAUCAGGAUAUGGACUGGAACGAAGUGAUAUUUUCUGACGAGACCACUAUCUGCCUGAAUUCGGUGAAAGGACUAGUUUGGAAUUUACCAGGAAAAAAGAAAGUCGUUCGUACUGUCAAGUAUCCAAUAAAGGUGAAUGUUUGGGGGUGUUUCUCAAGUAAGGGCUUCGGUCGUAUCCUCUGCUUUCGACAGAACCUUGAUGCAAGAUUCAUGUGUACCAUUUACAAGCACGGUCUCUUGCCAGCAGCCUACAAACAAUUUGGUCGUGACUCGACGUCCUGGAAACUGCAAGAAGACAAUGAUCCCAAGCACAUGUGA